GCUCUCUGAGGUAGCUGCCUCUGAGCUUCCUGCUUCGCGUGCAGCGAAAGGCUUGCGCAGCUCUGUUUGAAGGGGUAGCUGGCUCGACAGCCGGCCAGCAACCAGCUUUGUCGCCAGUCUCCCAACUGCUCAGCCAUUUAAAGAAGGCCUGAACAGGAAAACUGCGGUACGCUCGGCUCUUGCGAAAAACACAAUAAGCGCCGAGACUUUUAAUUGUGGUGUACCGCGUAUCCUUGGGGCUGGGCACGUGCCUCUGAGUAAACGUGUUGUGUGCAGGAAGGAAUGAGGGCUGCGCUCCAGAACCGCGCGCUGGGGAGGAAUCGCUGCCUACGGAGGGGAUGCACUGUGGCCUUCUGCCUCCAGUGCCCACGUUGGGUCUGUAUUGGUAGAUCAUUUUUUUUUUAAGUGUAGUUCAUGAGAGUUCUCUCUAAAAGGGUUUCUCUUAAGGCUAGAAGCCCAAUUCAUUUAUCUUCAUUGGAAGCGGUAGCAUAUAAAUUAAUUGGACAUUACCAGCUCUCACAUUCUCAGGAGGUAGCGUUUGAGGGAGUCGUAGGUAAAAAUAUUGCUGUGCAAGUUCCUUAUUCAUCAGUGAGAUUUAGUAAAUAGCUGGCUGGUAUUAUAAAAAAUAGCAUUAAUGUUACUGUACUUCUUGUGGCAGCACUUAAUUUCUAUGCUAAAGAUUUUUUAGUGCGCCCAGUUUACAGAAUACCUGAAUGUAUUGUAGCUAAGUUGUGGUUAGAUUCAGCCGCAAAUUCUAGGCAUCUGAGGAGAGGAGGGAACGUCAACUUCUUGCCACAGCCACGCUGUUUCUAGGUGUCUGCUACUGGCUGCUGUCAGGAUGUGUAACUAGAUAAAACUUUGGUCUGACCCGAUACGGCCAUUUUUAUGUCACUUUUCCUAGACAAUUAUAAUACAGUACGUUUUCAGGAUUAGUAAAAAGAUACAUACAAAUAAAAAUCAGCAAUUUUUGUUGGUAACAAAUGUGUAUGUAACAUCAUGAGUCAAUUUUUAUAUACAAUUUCUGUUCUUUUUCCCUUGCCUAUUCUGCAGAUUCCAGCGGAUGGCUCUGUGCUAGGGAGACUGAUCUCUUCAGUUAUAUCCAAACUGGCUUUGAUCCUUGGGGUCCAUCGUAAAGAUUCUUCUUAGUUAUUGCUAAGUUAUUGUGUUGAUCAAUGAAAUCAGUAGACAGUGCUCAAGUUGCCCUUCACUAACUAGCCAAAAGUUGCACUGAGGGGAUUUUUUUAAUUACUAGCCAAAUGCUUGGAAAGUCUUAAGGUGUUCUUGGAGUUUUGGGUGGCUUGUGAUUUCAGAUAGCUCAUCGCCUUGGGAAGAGGGUUCAGUUGUACCAGCCUCCUGUGUAGAAGUUUUUCUAUGUACAUAUGUAACAGCUGACUUACUGAUUUGUUUGCUUAUUUUUCUUUAACAGCUGAAAGCUGAUGUGGUUCCAAAGACAGCAGAAAACUUUAGAGCUCUUUGUACUGGUGAGAAAGGAUUUGGGUAUAAAGGAUCAACUUUUCACAGAGUGAUUCCUUCAUUUAUGUGCCAGGGUGGUGACUUCACAAAUCAUAACGGAACCGGUGGAAAAUCCAUUUAUGGCAGUAGAUUUCCAGAUGAAAAUUUCAUACUUAAGCAUGUAGGACCUGGUGUUCUUUCAAUGGCCAAUGCAGGACCCAAUACCAAUGGAUCUCAGUUCUUCAUUUGCACUGCAAAAACGGACUGGCUAGAUGGAAAGCAUGUUGUUUUUGGGCAUGUAAAGGAAGGAAUGGACGUCGUGAAAAAAAUUGAGAGCUUUGGUUCCAAGAGUGGCAAGACCUCCAAAAAGAUUGUCAUUACUGACUGUGGCCAGCUGUCCUAGCCUUCUGCCCUACCAUUCAGGACAACUUUGAUGCUGUGAAAAAUGAACCAUAAAAAACCCCAAACAUUUCUGAUCCUAUGAGUAGCACACAUGGAACCAUAUUUUCUAUUUAACUUGGUCCAGCUUUUAUACUUAUAUUGAAUAAUAUUGAUUAAAAGCAUAAAAAAAAUAACUGAAACAUGUUUCAAUGGAGCUACCUUUGUAGUCACACUGAUCUGGUAGAGUCCCAUUGUGUUUUGGAAGAAGCGGUACGGCCACCCAGAGCAUAUCUGACUGCAGUGUUGAUACUGUUCUUAGUACCUGGAUGUUUCAGGUGUUAGAAUCAGUGGUGGAGUUGACAACUAAGUGUUCUGUAGGUGAGGGUUAGGUAUAAAUUGAGAAAUACUGUGUUUCCUUUGGUGCUAAUAAAGGCCUAUUCUGUUGCUCGUCUCAUUUUGAAAAAAUAGUACUAACUAGUGCUCUCAAGGCUGUCUGCAACACAGCUGUCAGACAUUUUCUUUCUGGGUCUAAACUUAAGUCUGUCCAAUAGAAUUAAUGUGUGGUCAUGGGGUUUUUAAAAAAUUAAUUCUGUUUUAAUUUUUUUGUCAUAGUCUCAGACCACUGUUUAAAACUGAACUCUACCUUACCUUGCUUCAAUGGAGCGAUAUGACUUCUGGGUUAAGUAAAUUACUUUGAGUUAGCCUACUACUGGAGCUCUGCCUGGGCAGUAAGACCACAAAUGAGCUGAAAGAUCAUGGGACUUUUUUAUUAUGCGACUGUGAAUUUAAUUGAAGUGCAGGUCUGCUCUGAGAUCUGGUUCUGUGAGGAAUACAGCACAGUUCUUAAUAGAAAGCCUAUUUUUGCACUUUGAGAAUAUAACCAGAGCAUAGAGAGCCUGCUUGAGUGAGAAACGGGUUUCCUUGUUCGUCCUGUUGGUCCUGCCAAGUCAGCCCACCUUGGGUAUUACCUGGAAUUUGAUUUCUUCUCAUGCAUCAUCAUCAGAAGUCAAAAUUGGUCAUCACGAAAUCACAAGGCCUAAUCAGUGCAGCAGAGUCAUUAUUGUUGGGGUUGAUGCACGAGAAGGAAAGAAUUCAGCUGAUCAGAUAAACACAUUUUGUUUGUAUAAGCCAGUCUUUUAUGUGGAGUGCUUGAGCAGUUACAAAUGUUGGAGCCUCACAACAUCACUUUCAGAAUCACUAAGGUUGUAAGUAUUAAUGCUUGUGGGGAAAAAACACUUGACUGUUUUUGUGCAAUAAUCUCGUUACUGAAGAGAAGAAUAAAACGUGAUGGCUCUCUUCAAAUGUGAAUUUACUUCCAUUGCAUUCUGAUAAUAUGUGGGUUUAAAACUAUUUUGCACUGGACUUUUUUUCCACUGAGGGCUUCAUUCUUGUGUGCACGAGGUAGCAUUCAGAGUGUAAUUCUGGAGAAAAUGGAAUUGAAAAGCUUUUUAUUCUCUCCACUAUAGCUGUUUCAUCUUUCUUCGUAGUAUUUUUGAAAUAUUAAUUUGU